AUGCGAUACGACGAUUGGGACGUGAUCCUCUUUCCCAAGGACUCGGCCGUGCCCAUCCAGGAGUUCCGGACAACCUGCUACACCACCCAAGACAAUAAUGGCCACCAGCUACCCACGCUGACGUGCUAUAUCACUUCACUCCCAGCCGCCGCUCCGUUUCGCAUCUCCAUCCACUCCUGGACUGCACCUGCGAAGUCCUCUUCUCUAAUUGAGUCUCGCCAAAGAAGCUCUCAGAAAAUGGUCUUUGCAGUUCAGGUCAUUGUCGAUGGCAUUCGAAUCUUUCAUGGUUUCUACGAUGCUGUGUCCCGAUGGCCACAAGAGAUUGCAAAUGAGAAACGAUCUGUCACCGACCCACGGUUACAGCCGACGAGCCAACGAGGCCCUUUCCUCACAUUCCCACCAUUCCAUCAGACCGUCCUUACACAACCAUCAUGGAAUGCACGAGAGCACAAUGGAAGGAUCAAAGUGCUGCUGUCAGAGCAGCUGGUGGGCAAGAAUAAGAACCUAGGAGAGCCGGACUUGGGCAUUGCCAACGACAUAGUCUGCUUCGCGUUUCAACAUGCCCCACAAGAUAUUCUUGAGCAAGCGGGCAUCUCCUGGCCAAUUCGCAACCCGUUAUAUCUAGCAUCGGACAUUCGAGGGCUCCGGAUUUCGCAACUGCCUGGACCGCAGGCGGCCUACGAUCUGGCCGCUGAGAACCGCGCACGAUCUUUAUUGUCGCAGCACUCUCCGACUAUGUUUGUGCGACCGCGCAAUCCCGACCCCUUCCCCCGACCUGGCGCAGAUCCUCCUCAUCUCUCACAAUUCCCCAGACCCACGAUGGGAGGGAAGCCCAAACCAACAGGGCUCUGGGACUCGUCGUUGGAGGAUUUCCCAGGGGGUUAUGAUAACAUGAGUACAGACACUUGGUCGACGAAGCGCACAAGCUCUCACUCCACCUUAGACACUUCGAUGCCGGACAUGUUGUAUGCAUCGCCGAUCAACGGGCAGCCUGGAGAUCCAUGGACUAUAUUGAAUGCACCUCACGAGUUACAGGCGGGCAAGAAUGAAGCUGGCAAGCAGACACGACGGGAAAAGGGAAAUCGACAGGUGGUUGUAACAUUGCGGGAGGACCAAUUGGGCCGGCUGGUAUGA